UUAAGAAGACAACUAGGUAACGAGAUAACGAUGACUGAAUUAUCAGCAAUGAUACAAUACGACCAGACGACACCCAAAUCGGAACAAGAAUGGCCCUCGAUGGUCCCACCGACUCUUUUGUUUGUCUUUGGAACAUCGGGAAACAUGUUGGCUUUGGUUAUUCUCUGCUGUUCUACAAAAACACACAAAUGGCGACCGUUCUACCGCUUCGUGUGUGGACUUGCCAUCACAGAUGGAGGCGGGGUGCUACUUUCCCAUCCAAUCGUCAUGGUGCGAUAUGGUUCCUAUUUCGAAUUUACCUAUCCUGAGCGAUUGUGCGACUACAUGGCAUUUAUAUUCAUGUUUACUAUCCUGGCCUCGGCACUUAUUGUCUGUGCCAUGUCUUUUGACCGUUUUAUAGCAAUUCUGUAUCCCCACGUUUAUAACUCCCCGACCAAAAACAGGAAAGCUGUUUUAACUCUGGCAGGAAUUUGGAUUUUCUCUGCCUUUAUGUCCAGCCUCCAUUUGAUGGUCGGUCAGAAAAGCCAGAAUUUUUUCCCGGGUUCUUGGUGUUUUAUGGAUUUUUCAGAUUCUGCCACAUGGAGUAGGAUCCUGGCAAUGUUGUAUUCCCUGACAGGCAUUCUGAUCCUCGCCACCACCGCCGUACUGAACACCGUGGUGAUUGUCCGGGUCUGUUACGAUAGCCAACAGAAGAAGAAAAACAUAACAAAGAAGAAGAAUAUCCACAUCAUUGUCUUCCUCUUCCUAAUCGUGGUCUUGUUUUCUUCCUGUAUUUCAUCACUUUUAAUUAAUAUAUUUGGCCAUGCAGUUGGGACCAUUUCGGGAAAUGGAGAGUUUGAACUUUAUUCGAUUCGUCUUUCCAUUUUGAAUUCAAUCAUUGAUCCUUGGAUCUACAUUUUAUUUCGGAAGGAUACAUUCGAUUUUUUCAAGCGAAGAGUCGUUAGUUUUGGAUUUAUUUCAGUAUCAAGCUCUAGAUCUACCUCUGGCACUCAAACCUCCAAAAAUUAA